CGAUUAUUUCCAUUGAAACGCGAAUUAAUCCACCAAACUUUAAUAAUUUUUUUCGCAAAAACUAUUAAUUUGCGAAUAUAAGUUCCCAUAUCAGAUCGUUUUUAUUUUUUUUUUUACAUAAUAUAUAUUCGGUUUUGCUAUAAGUGAUCGGACACUCUGUACAUGUGAAAUAAUACGGAUUUUUAAUAAUGAGAAAAAUAAAAAUUCCAACAUGGAUUUUUCUCGGCAGUGUUACUUGUACAGGGAUUGGAGCAGCUUUUAUAUUUAGAGAUAAAUUAGGAGGUGGAUCAGCAAGAGGAUGCGACAAGUAUGAUGGCAAAGAAAAGCUGGAAGGCAAAGUUGUUAUAGUUACUGGUGCAAAUUCAGGAAUUGGCAAAGAAGUUGUUCGUGAUUUAGCUGAGAGACAAGCUAAAGUGGUAAUGGCAUGUAGAGACUUAAUAAGUUGUGAAGAGGCUCGUAUGAAAAUAGUACUUGAAACUGAAAAUAAAUAUAUUUAUUGCCGCAAAUGUGAUUUAUCAUCACAAGCAAGUAUCAGAGAGUUUGUCAACAAAUUCAAAUCCGAACAUAAACGAUUAGAUAUCUUAAUCAACAAUGCUGGAAUAAUGAGGUGCCCUCUAAAUGUCACCAAAGAUGGAAUUGAAACACAAUUAGGUGUCAAUCAUAUGGGUCAUUUUUUACUCACCAAUCUCUUGUUAGAUCGUUUGAAACAAUCAGCGCCAGCUAGAGUAAUAAAUGUUUCUAGUGCUGCCCAUAAAUCUGGAAAAAUAAAAGUUGACGAUCUGAACAGCGUAAAUAGUUAUGAUCCUGCUGAUGCUUAUGCACAAAGUAAACUUGCUAAUAUUCUGUUCACAAGAGAAUUAGCCAAGCGACUCGAAGGAACUGGAGUGACAGUCAAUGCAGUGCAUCCAGGCGUUGUUGACACACAAAUAACUCGACACAUGGCAUUUUCUAAAAGUAAACUAGCAAAACCAUUCGUUAAACCAUUUUUAUGGCUUUUGACUAAGACUCCUGUUCAAGGCGCUCAACCGAUAUUGAAGCUAGCUUUAGAUCCAUCUCUGGAGAAAGUUACUGGAGCUUAUUUUAGUGAGUUUUCACAAACUGACCCAUCCGAAGAAGCACAAAAUGACGUUUUAGCUAAAUGGCUUUGGGUUACCAGUGAAAAGUGGACCAAGCUUGAAGUAGGUUAAUCGACGACACUUUGAUAUUAUCACUAGAUAAUUUUUAAGUUAUAAUUUAAAUAUUUUGUGUUAUUUCAAGAAUAGUUAAUAAAAAAUGUUUCUUAAUUAAA